AUGGAGUUAAACGUCAAGCAAAGCGGGAUUGUUGAUCGGUUGGUGUUUUCUACAAAUUUCAAAAUCAAAAACAGAUGUCUCAGACGAACCGUGGAACGGUACCUUCGUGAGGACUUGUCGUGUGGACUGCACAGCUGUGAGACUUGCGCUUCUUUAGGUUUGAACAAUCUGGGAAGGAACACGAAUGAGGGCAAGAACACGGUGGUUUUUGGAAAUCAUGCAAUUAUUGUAGACGCUGAAGUAUGUCUUCGUUUCAUGGAUGUCUUCGAUUCCAAUCUCUUCACAAAUAUCAUCAUCACUCAAAACGUUUGGGAAUAUGUCAAGCAGAAAUCUAUUACAACUUAUAAGAAGCUUAACAAGUUUGUUUAUGAAGAUAAAGACCCUCGUUUUGCCGUAUUUAUGAGCGAGUUUCAUCACAAGACGUUCGUGCGGCAAGAGAUCGAACUCAGUGACUCGCUC